ACCGAACGUAAGCUACAAGACAAUUAUAAAACGUUGCUAGGAUUACUGUAUGAUCUGUGCAUAUCUGCACUAUAAAUUUGUAGGGUUUUGGUGUUUCUGUAUAUCCUCGCUUUCGUCUUAAUAAAAGAUACAGAUAACAGUGUACCGCGACCCAUUGACUGGCCGACCGACGCGUAGCGUCUCGACGUCCGAUGACGCGGGCGAAUUGGUGCAAUUCUUUCGGAAAUGCGCAGGUCCACUGUUUCAGCCCCCUCGAGGAGACGGCACCGUACACCCCCGGUAUUCGUCGCGCGUUCUUCCAGUGAUAUAAUGCGUUGAUACGGUGAUUAUAGGUACUGUUUCAACUGCAUCCGGAGUGAUUUGGAUACGAUUGUUUUUCUUUUUGUAUGAAAAAUGGGUAAAAGGAACUCGAAACUCAAACAGGACACUAUCAACCGACUCACCACAGCCACUUAUUUCACAGAAAAGGAAAUACGACAGUGGCACAAAGGAUUUUUAAAAGAUUGUCCAAACGGUUUAUUAACAGAACAGGGAUUCAUAAAAAUCUACAAACAAUUCUUUCCUCAAGGUGAUCCAUCCAAAUUCGCGUCUCUAGUGUUUAGGGUCUUUGAUGAAAAUAAUGACGGUUCUAUCGAAUUCGAGGAAUUCAUUAGGGCCUUAUCGGUAACGUCCAGGGGGAAUUUAGAUGAGAAACUACAUUGGGCUUUUAGAUUGUAUGACGUUGACAAUGAUGGAUUCAUAACACGUGAAGAAAUGUACAAUAUUGUAGAUGCCAUAUAUCAAAUGGUGGGUCAAACGCCACACGCCGAAGAUGACAAUACUCCACAGAAGAGAGUGGAUAAAAUAUUCGACCAGAUGGACAAAAAUCAUGACGAUCGGCUUACACUCGAAGAAUUCAGAGAGGGUAGCAAAGCCGAUCCUCGGAUCGUGCAAGCUCUAUCGCUAGGUGGUGAAUAGCAAAUCGACGAUGAAGUGACUGAAAUAAAACUGCAAUGACACUAAGCAAAAAAAAGAAUCAGAUCGAUACAUUUCUACUGCGUGUUGGAUAUUUCCCGCCAACAAUACUCAAAAUCGUGUUUUACUGUACAGUUAUUAAUAUGUUAAGUUUUUAAAUAAAUGAUAUUCAUUAAGAAGAAAUGUAUAAUUAUUUAAAUUGAAUUAAUGUGAAUAAUUUUUGAAAAUCUGGUCAGUUAAACAAAUAAACGUCAUUAUUAUUCCAAAGCUUUAUGCUUUUAAACAGCUGUUGUUGUCGUCCACGUAUUAACGAUUUAAAAGGCGAAUAUUUAUGAUUGCGGCGACCCAAACAACCCCAAAAAACCUUAGUGUCGUUUAAUCAAGGCAGAAAUACAAAGUGAGGGUACAGCGUUACAGAUCUCAGCCACUAAUUAUAUUGUAUUAUAUAAAAACGAAACGCCAAAUUACAAGAAAAUUGAUCGCUUGUAUGUUGUAAAUAGUAAUUCAAUUAAGAAAACUAGUGAGAAUACCAAACCUAUUUUUCUUCCUUUUUUUUAAUGUCUUUGGAACUCCACACAUCAGAAAACACCGUACAGCAUGGGCGUACCAAAAUGGAAAGACGAAGAAAGACUCUACAUAAUUUUGGCGGCAAAAUAUGAUGUAAAAUGUCACAAUUGAAAGCUCUUAUUACUUGAAAUAGUAAUCCGAAAAUAAAUCAAAUGUCUAUCGAAAGCGUACGUAAUCCACUUUGUUAUAAAACUAGUUUCAACCCUUCAUCUUCAAACACUUAAGUGCGAUACCACAAAAGCCAAAAAUUAAACAAAAUUCCCGGAAACAAUUAAUGCCUUAUCUGGGCUUAUAGAAAUUAUGAAAAUUCAUACUAUGAAAAAAAUGAGGACCCGAUAAAAUAACCAAAAAAAGUUCAUGUAGUUCAACUAAGAACAUUUUUAUUACUCAUACGGUUAACUACGCCACUGUUUGAGAUAUUAACAACAGAACAACACAAAAUAAAUGUUCAUAUAUUUUUUGCCCCUCUUUCUAAAUCAAAACUUGGCUACCCCCAUGCCAUGCCCGGUACAGUACCUUUAUAUUUUAUUAUUACUGAUUGGACAAAAAUAUAUUCAAUUUCAAGGCACUUAAAUCGAGAAAAUAGGUUUGAAUUUUCACUGAUUCAUCGUCGUUUCUAAUUUUAUCAAUUUCGAUAAAUAAAUAUAAUUAAUAUACUUACACUUAAUACUUAUAAUAAAACUCCAUUAUGAUAUCUUAUGAAUAACGAUCUAAAUGUGUUAGAAAAUGUAGAUAUAGAUUUAAUAAUAAGCGUGAACAGAAAUGUUAUUAUAAACAUUAGGUUUGCACCGGUUGAUUUGCAACAAAAA